AACUUUGGUGUUACACCAACUUUCGCACAAGUUGAACGUAGUAAAGCACGUAAAUGGAAGAAGUCCUCAGAAAACUACCAAAAGGCAGUUAUGGAGGAGGAAUUGAGAUCCAAACUCACACAGCUUAAGCAUCUUAAAGAAGAAGUCCAAAACGCCUUCAAGGAUGUCAGGGAGGAAUGCUCCUUUCUUCGCUUUGUCACUACUGUGCGGACGCUAAGUAUUCUUUGCAAUAAGCAGUACAUUCAAAUGAUGAAAUGCCAUGUCAACAACCUCUCAUGCUUGAUCUCAAAGAAGUUUGACGUCGACGAGCACAUAAACAACAUGUCUUCAUACCGCCUUUCUUUCUUUGAAAAACUUAUCCUUUGUAGAGGAUUGAAGUUUUCUCUACCUCAAAAAGUUUCACCCAUUGAAAUUCAAGCCAGCUUUGAGAAGGCGUAUUGGAGAAUAGAGCCAUUAUUGCAUGAUGCAGAUGAAAAGGAACUGGCUAGCUCAACGUUAUGUUCAAUCGCAUCAGGACCAGCUUGCUAG